AUGGCAGCCAUCGCCAUGGGCGCGCAGCCUUUGCGCAUGACCUCCCUCUUCCCCCGCAUCUCCGCGCCAGCCUUCGCUCAGUCACCAAGAAUCCUCUCCCUCUACACACGCCAAGUCACCAACUCGUUCCUCCCGGCGCUCUCCUUCGCGCUCCCGGCUUUCAACCUCAACAUCCCCGCCUGGCUCGGCGGCAUCUGGGAGUCCAUCUUGCGAGCGGUACCCAAGAAGAAGACCUCUCACUCGAAGAAGAGACACAGGCAGAUGGCAGGCAAGGCGUUGCAGGAUGUCAAGUCUCUGUGCAAGUGCCCAGGCUGCGGCCAGAUCAAGAGGCAGCACGUGGUAUGCCCACACUGCCUGAGCAAGAUCAAGGAUAUGUGGAAAGAGGAGAACCCCUCAGGAAAGUUCGUUUAA